AAUGGAGGAGAGUAGUAUCAUUAUACAUCAUGCCCCUAGUUUUCCUCAAUUUAACGCUACAACUCAAACGGAAACGCCCAGUGGAUUAGCGGUUGGUAUUCCAAGAUCUAUUUCGGCUGAUGGCCGAACGAUUUCACAAGACUCUAGAAGUGAUGGUUUCUACAGCGCUACAGAAGAACUUAAUGAUAAUGAUAGUUUCAUAUCAGCAUUUGGCUUCUUUACUUAA